GAGCAGGACGAUCAGAGUGCAGCAGCGGCAGCAGCAGCAGCAGCAGCAGCAGCAGAAGGCGGCGGUGGCACCAUCAGAGGCGGGAGGGAGGCUGGUAGGAUGUUGCGUCUGAGCUGCCGAUUUAGGCUGAUCAGAGCCGGAGCUACGAUGCAGUGACAGUCUACACGAAGACACACACAGACACACACACACACGCACACACAGAGGGAGAGGAGCAGCACACGAAUGCGCACGGGAAAUGAUCCGCUCCUAGACUAUGGCACCGUCGGGCUCGCGUAGUAUCAAGCGGGGCUGUCAGAGAGUUUUGUACUGGAUCCCGGUCCUGUUCAUCGCCCUCAUAGUGGCUUGGUCAUACUACGCCUAUGUUCUGCAGCUUUGCAUAGAGUCCAUUGAAGACACAGGAGAGAAGGUCGUGUACUUGCUGGCCUACCAUGUCAUUUUCAUCAUGUUUGUGUGGGCGUACUGGCAAACCAUCUUCACCAGGCCUAUGAACCCCCUGAAGGAGUUCCACCUGUCCCACUCUGACAAGGAGCUGCUGGAGCGUGAAGAUCGGGGAGAGUCUCAGCAGGAGAUCCUGAGGAGGAUAGCCAAGGAUCUGCCCAUCUACACCCGCACCAACUCUGGAGCAAUCCGUUUCUGCGACCGCUGCCAGCUGCUGAAGCCUGAUCGAUGUCACCAUUGUUCAGUCUGUGAUAAAUGCAUCCUGAAGAUGGAUCACCACUGCCCCUGGUAUGUAGUGAUUCUCUUUUAUUAA